AUGUCCGACUCUCAGCAGACCGAGGCGCCAAAGCCUCAGCAAUCCGUCUUGAAACAGCGCGACACACCGGAAUCUGUGCAAGCAGCCCAUGAUGAGCUAGAAGAAGUCGCCCAAGAGUACAGCAAGGCCGUCCAAGCCGGAAACAAAGAACUGGCAGCCGAGCUUCGUACCAAGCUGAACAGCCUGCGAGACAAGGCCCACGCAGGAGAUCAUCUUGGGAGCAAGCUGCAAUGGGGUGACAUAUAUGAAAUGUGGAUCGAAAUCCACAACAACACCUCGAGAUGGCUGCGCGGCGCAGGCGGCUGGCAAGUGAAUCACGGCUGGUUUGAGUCCGCCGCCGUGGGAGACAUUGAGCCCGGCGGCGUGUGCUACAUUCACAUGGGUGGAGGCGCCCUGUACGGAAUUGACUGUGUUGCGUACUUUCGUCUGGACGGAGAGUCUAGCAAUUCGUGGUUCCAGUGGUGGUUUGGCCCGUAUGAUCCGUAUGAGGAGCUUGUUGAGAUGUGGUCUCCAUCGCCUUAUUCUAGAUCUCUUGACGGGGACAAGAAUAUCGGAUAUUUCUAUGUAAAUGAGUGA